AUGGCUCGCGGGCGACGAUCGACGACGCUCGCGCUCGUCCUGGCGGUGAUCGCGUUGAUCGGUUGCGCGUUCGUCGGCGGCAUGGCGGACGCGAAGAGCGACGGCGCGGCGUUUCUCGCGGCCAAUAAGUUGAAACCGGGCGUGGUCGAGCUGCCGUCGGGGUUGCAGUAUCGCGUUUUGAAAUCUGGACCGGAGGGUGGGCCCUCGCCCUCGAAGUCGACGCCGUGCUCGUGUCACUACUCUGGGAAGAAUAUCCAGGGCGAGGAGUUUGAUUCGUCGUACAAGCGCGGUCAACCGACGACGUUCGCGCCGAAUCAAGUCAUCAGUGGCUGGACCGAGGCGAUGCAGCUCAUGAAGGAGGGCGAUAAGUGGGAACUCGUAAUUCCGUCCGAGCUGGCGUACGGUAAAUCAUCCCCUACGCCGCUCAUCAAGCCGGACUCCGUGCUCAUUUUCGAGAUGGAGCUCGUCAAGGUGGGCGUUUAA